CACAGUCUUUCGGAUGGAUCAAACUUUCUCAUAAAUUCCGGAGGAUGAUUGAUUUUCGUGAAAAUCAUUUCUUUAAAAAAAAGUUUUCGUAGAUUUUGAGGAAUUCUACUUUAAAAUUGUAUGAAUUUGUUAAAAAAACUGAUGUUAAAAAAAGAAUAAGGUUGAAGUGCCGCAAACAAAUAAUAUUAAGUGUAAUAAGAAAAAAGAAUAUAACAUUUUUGGUCAAAAAUCACCCCUCCUCCGAAUAGAGUACAAAAAAGGGGAAAAGAAAAUUUCCACAGCUUUUACUUCAUAGCAAACUACUUAAUCAUUUUUGUGGCGAAUAUAAGGUGUUAGUAGAUUAUUUUGGUAAAACAAGUGUAAAUUUCACAAGAGAAAAUGUGGAAUAUGAUGUGCGACGUGCUCCCUACUAUAAGUGAGGAUUCAAUUUCUCAGCGAUCUUCACAGUUCAGUGGUGGAGAAGCUGAUGCAAAUUUUGAAUCUCUCAUGGUUUCAAUGUUGGAUGAACGCGACAAAUUAAUGGAUAGUUUAAGAGAAGCUCAGGAACGUUUAAAUGAAAUGGAAGGAAAGUUGAAUGAUUGUGAAAAGGAACGAGACAGUUUGCAUCGUCAGAUCAAUGCCAAUCUUCCACAGGAAUUUUCAACACUUACAAAAGAGUUAACUCAAGCCCGAGAAACGUUACUAGAGAGAGAUGAAGAAAUUAGUGAACUUAAAGCUGAACGUAAUAACACGAGGCUGCUUCUUGAACACUUGGAAUGCCUUGUGUCCCGGCACGAGAGAUCACUUCGCAUGACAGUAGUGAAACGUCAGGCAGCAGCUCAAAGUGGGGUAUCGAGUGAAGUUGAAGUAUUAAAAGCUUUAAAAAGUUUGUUUGAACAUCACAAAGCUUUAGACGAAAAGGUUCGCGAAAGAUUGAGAGUUUCAUUAGAAAAAAAUACCACGUUAGAGGAAGAACUUCAACAGUCAAAAGAUGAAUUGCAGCAAAUGAAAUCGGGCAACUAUACUCAAACUGAUUCUACUAAAGAGAAUGGAGAAAUUGAUAAAAAUUCUCAGUCGAAGCAAAACAAUGGCGAGAUAAAUAUUCAACAUGAGAUGGCUGAGUUUGCUUCAAAAACUCACGAGCUUCAAACAAUAAUUGAAAAACAGACAGCUGAACUUUCUCAAUGGCAACGUAGAGUAUCUGAUUUAAAUAAUAAAAUAAACGAAUUGGAGGAAAAUAUCUCUAAGGUUCAAAAGGAUUAUUCAAAAUCUCAAGACAUGAACAUGAAAUUGCAAAGAGAUUUACGAGAAAAUGUUGCGCAAAAAGAAGACCAGGAAGAACGAAUUACAACACUUGAAAAGCGUUACCUUAAUGCUCAAAGAGAAGCUUCUUCCCUUCAUGAUUUAAAUGAAAAACUUGAUCAGGAACUUCGUCAUAAAGAAGCGCAAAUUAAACUUCAUGAAGAAAAGAUUGCAGCAAUUCAAGAGAAACUUGAAUUAUCUGACCAGAAAUUGGCUCAAUAUUCGAAACUACCUGAAAUGGAAGAAGAGCUUAAGGCACGUAUGGAAGCCUUAACGCAGGCUCAGGAACGCCAUGGAUCUGCAGAAGAUCGUAUUCAACGCUUAGAGACAAAUCUCGAAGAGAAAAAUGCAGAAGUUCUUCGUUUAAACCAAAGAUUAAAAAUGAAUGAAGAGCAUAAUCAACGACUAUCAUCGACAGUUGACAAGUUGCUUUCUGAGUCAAACGAUCGUCUUCAAGUACAUCUUAAAGAGCGAAUGCAUGCUCUUGACGAGAAGAAUCAACUAACACAAGAGCUAGAGAAAGCAAGAAAACUUGCUGAAGAGCUUCAUCAUGAGAAAGGCGAAAUAAUCAAAGAGCUUUCAAAAGCACGUCUUGAAACGGAGAAUUACAAAAGACAACUUUUGCAACAAGAAAUAGCAUUCAAUAUUCAGCAGACUGAAGCAUUGACAAGAAGCCUUUCACCAAAUAAUGCAACAGAUUCACAACAACUUGCAGCAGCAGCAGCGGCGCAGUUCUCAAGAAGUGCUUCCCACACAAGUUUCGAUGCUCAUUCAUUGCGAAGGAAGCAACAACAACAAAGAUUAGAUGAAGAGCAAUAUCAUCGGUCGCUUGCCGAACAAGAGUGGGAAAAUCUUCAACAUAUUCAACAAGCCCAUGUUAUGGCAAAUGUUCAGCAAGCAUAUGUUGAUGGUUUAGUUGACGGAGACGACGCUGAUAGUAUUUUCAGUACAGCUGAAUUACUCUCGCCAACAGGAACUGGUCAUACAGAUGCUCAAACUCUGGCCAUGAUGCUUCAAGAACAACUAGAUGCCAUCAAUAACGAAAUCAGACUUAUUCAAGAGGAAAAACAAUCGACAGAAGCGAGAGCUGAAGAGCUUGAAUCGCGGGUUGGCAGUUUAGAACAUAUGAAUUUAAUUGUUCGUGGACGAUCAUCAGAUCGUCAAAGUCCGCCGAUCUCUGGAAGGAGUACGCCAAAUAGUCCCAAUCGGGAUUAUCUUCAUAAAUACCAUACGGCACCAGCAUCGAUGUCUCCAGCUCACCUGCAACAAUAUUCAUCGUCUGGUCAACUUUCUGAAUCUAUGCCCUCAAGCCAGUUGCAACUUGCGCAUAUGUCUGGCGAUAUGAAUCGUGAUGAGUUGCAUGUUAUUUCUGGUGGUGAUUCAAGUUCUGGUGGUGGAGCAUCUCCACUUACAGCUCGAUCGAUCCGCCUUGAACGCUUUGCACAAGCGUUAGCUAAUAGCCAGGAAGAAUUGCGCCGAAAUACUAUGGGAAAUUAUGCUACAUCACCACUUAGUUCACGCCAUGGAAGUCAAGAAUCUUUAAGACAUUUAAGCAGCAUGUCUUCGAUGAAUAUGCUUCAGACACCAACAGGUAAUCGUGACAUCACCGGAGCACAAAAGAAGAAGGGAAUUAAGUCAAGCCUUGGUAGAUUCUUCAGUAAAAAAGAGAAGGUAAAAGGUGUAAAAGAUUCAAUGCCUGAUGGUUCAAGCAGUAUCAUGAGCGGCUUGUCGAUGAAUAUGAGUGAUAUAGAUUCAAACUAUGAUACAAUGAGUAUAAGUAGCAAAAUUAAUAUCUCAGGGACGUCGAAAAUGGAAUAUGGAAGGCAAAAGAAAAAAGAGCACGAUUAUCGACAUGACUUGCUUGGUGAAGCGAUGAAAGCAGGAACACCUUUUGCAUUAUGGAAUGGACCGACCAUUGUGGCAUGGCUUGAAUUAUGGGUGGGAAUGCCUGCGUGGUACGUUGCAGCAUGUCGAGCAAAUGUGAAAUCUGGUGCUAUUAUGAGUGCCUUGAGUGAUACUGAAAUUCAAAGAGAAAUAGGUAUAAGCAAUCCACUUCAUAGACUUAAAUUGCGAUUGGCUAUUCAGGAAAUGGUUUCACUGACAUCUCCGUCAGCGCCUCAAACAACACGCACAACAUUAGCCUUCGGUGACAUGAAUCAUGAAUGGAUUGGCAACUAUUGGCUACCCAGCUUAGGUUUACCGCAAUACCGUACAACAUUUAUGGAGUGUCUCGUGGAUGCACGAAUGUUAGAUCAUCUUAAUAAAAAAGAUUUGCGUGGACAACUUAAAAUGAUUGAUAGCUUCCAUCGUACUAGUUUACAAUACGGAAUUUCCUGUCUGAAGCGAUUAAAUUACGAUCGUAACUCGCUUGAAGAGAGAAGAAAAGCUUCGGAAAAUGCUGUCGCUGAAGUAUUAGUGUGGAGUAAUGAAAGAGUUAUUCGAUGGGUUAAUAGUAUUGGUCUCAAGGAAUAUGGCAGCAACUUAUUAGAGUCGGGCGUUCAUGGUGCACUAAUAGCUUUAGAUGAGAGUUUUGAUGCUAAUUCAAUGGGUUUGGCAUUGCAAAUUCCCACGCAAAAUACACAAGCAAGACAAACGCUAGAAAUGGAAUUCAAUAACUUGCUUCAAAUUGCAACUGAGCGCCGCCCUGAAAAUGAGCACUUGAGCAAGUCGUGAUCGUCACUUUCUUCUAGUCUUAGUGAUGAGUAAGUUUUGUUUAAUUUUUCAUAAUAAUAAGUAUUAGGAUGCAAUAGACAAAUUGUUAAAAUAAAAAAAAUGAAGCUUAGAAUAAAAUUAAAUACGACUUGAUUCUAUAAGAAAGUAUUGUUAAAACUUUACCAACAACUCUAACAUGACGUAAUAAAAAUACAUAUAUUUAUGUAUUUGUAUAAAAAGAGAAGUUAAUGAAAAAAUCCCCAUAAGUCGAUGUUAAAAUUUAAACUAAUAUCGACAGCACAUAUUACGCAAGUUUUGUAACAAAUGUUAAUAAAUAAAUUAGAAAAUAGUAGG